CCCUCCAGAGCGCCGCGUGGUUCAUUCCAGCGCCUCCGUGUCCGCGGUGCGCGCCGCGCCGCGCCGCGCUGCGGUCCACACUGCCGAGCGAAGCGCAUUUCGAUGGAGAGGCAGAGACGGAGCACUCAUCUGCUCUCAGGACUGCUUUAUGCUAAACUGGUAAUGGGAAUGUAUCAGCUGUUUGCAGAAGCUGCCUCUGAAUCGUCUUGGCCCCUGGCCGCGGGGCGGUGAGCAGUCGCCAUGACGCACCCCAACACCAGCGCCCUGACAGCCAACUUCAGCGGCUACGACGCCGGGGGAAACAUUUACCGGCCCUUCUCCGUCUUCAGCGUGCUCACCUUCACGUUGCUCUCGAUGCUGGUGGCGGCCACGUUCGUGUGGAACCUGCUGGUGUUGGUGACCAUCCUGAGGGUGAGGACUUUCCACCGGGUGCCCCACAACCUGGUGGCGUCCAUGGCCAUCUCCGACGUGAUGGUGGCCGCGCUGGUGAUGCCGCUCAGCCUGGUGCACGAGCUGAACGGCCGGCUGUGGAAGCUGGGCCGCGUGCUGUGCCAGGUGUGGAUCUCGUUCGACGUGCUCUGCUGCACCGCCAGCAUCUGGAACGUGACGGCCAUCGCGCUGGACCGCUACUGGUCCAUCACCAGGCACCUGGAGUACACGCUCAAGACUCGCAAGAAGAUCUCCAAUGUGAUGAUUGCGCUCACAUGGCUGCUGUCCUCCAUCAUCUCUCUGUCGCCACUCUUUGGCUGGGGAGAGACGUACUCAGAGGGGAUGAAGUGCCAGGUGAGCCAGGAGCUAUCCUAUACCAUCUUCUCCACCUUUGGAGCGUUUUACCUCCCUCUCUGUGUGGUUCUGUUUGUAUAUUGGAAGAUCUACAAGGCGGCCAAGUUCCGGAUUGGCUCCCGCAAGACAAACACGAUCACACCUAUGGCUGAGGUAAAAGACGAGGCGCAGCAGCCGCAGAUGGUGUUUACGGUGCGGCACGCCACCGUGACCUUCCAGACGGACGGGGACACAUGGCGCGAGCAGAAGGAGAAGAAGGCGGCGCUGAUGGUAGGCAUCCUGAUCGGCGUGUUCGUACUGUGCUGGAUUCCCUUCUUCAUCACCGAGCUCAUCGUCCCGCUGUGCUCCUGCGACAUUCCCCCGAUCUGGAAGAGCAUCUUCCUGUGGCUGGGCUACUCCAACUCCUUCUUCAACCCGCUCAUAUACACUGCCUUCAAUAAGAACUACAACAACGCCCUGAGGAACCUCUUCUCCCGCCAGCGCUGAGCCGCUCGCUCGGCGCGCACGGCGGAUCGACGACACCAGCAUGCACUCCACAGAAAGGGACUGACCUGUGAUCGCCACUCCAUCACCCCCUCUUUAAGAUGGAUGAUACCCGCAAGGUGUGUCUGCAAAAGGGAAGUAUUGUGUGUCAGUUUUGCUAUGACGUGUUUUGCUUGUUAUUGUGCUGAAGUAACUUCACAGCUGCGGAGCUGGUAGAACGUGUUGCUGUUGUGGCAGCAGCAGAUAAACGCGGCGCCCCAACAUCUUCGUUUCGAGUGUGUCGAGGAGAAACGCCUGUGAAGUACCUUAUGAGCUGUUUCAUCAUCAUUUGUGAAGCUGCGAGGAAUCAAAACAAAGCAAGGAUUUUUUUUUUUUUUUUUUUUAACUCCAAAAACUUGUUAGAACUGAACAAAAUGAACCUCAUAAAUAAUGGGCCGAGAAGCAACUGUGGACUCCGAGCAGAAAAAGGCAUUAAAAUACUCCUCACAGUAUUUCAAGUAUAUAAAAAGAGGACAGAUGAUUUGAUAAUAGAAAAAAUGGACUGCAGGAACUGAAAGCCCUCUCGGUGUGGUGAUAAAGUAUUUUGAGGCCUCCACCUUUUUGCCGGGUGCACGGAAUUCCCUGGAAUCGCACGCAAUUUAUAAAAACACAUUUGUACAUCAAUGUGCGUUCUGCCCUUUGCCGCCGUGCGCUGGUACGCGCUGCGCAUGCAUCUCCAGGCGGCAAUGGCGUUUAUGGAAGCAGAGAAAUAGCAGAGCAAGUCAUCAUUCUCAUCAGCGUCGAAUAAAUGCUCCGUAGAGAAUCUGCGGCCACGAUCACUUGUCACUCCCCGUUACUAUCCAGAAGACGUGUUGACUGGUGCAAAGCUGUUCCACACAUUAUCACAAUAAUCGAUGCCUCAGCCUCAGUCAGUGGGAAUUGAAUUAGGAGAAGGGAAAUACGGACUUGUGCUGCCACAGUAUGGAGAAAAUAAAGUGUCUGAUUAAUAACUUGACUCUGCAGAGGGCAGCGUAUAAGAGAAGAGGAAGCUGAAAUGAAUAUACAAACAUCACAGAUGGGCUCAAGAAAAUCGGCUCAUUAAAAAAUCAUGACUCUCUUGGUCUAAUUAUGUUUUCCAAUAGUGGAUUUUUGUUGUUGUUGUUGUUGUUGUGAGUCCCCUGUUCCCUGCACAAAUUGCCAGUUUAAACUGAGAUGGUUUGCUCCUGAAGAUAUUUAACUUUCUCAGAUUAAAAUUAAAAAAAAAAAAAAAAAAGCAGGUAAAACUGUCUCUGAUCAGAGCUGUGCUCCCAGACUUUCAGUGAGUUUCAGAGCAACGUCAGGGUUUCUUGCAUCAUUUUUCCAAAAUGUUUCAUUUGAAAAGUCCAGUGAAAAAGUAUCUCCAUAUUUUUUGGAACAUUUGUGCCAUAAUUUUCUCUUGAGCAGGGUUUUAAAUAUCUGACAAAGCUUUUUAUAUGAUCAGCAACCGCUGUAGCUGUCACACAUCAGCAUAUAUCUGUUUUGAUGAAAUGAACAGAUUCACCUUCCACUUAUUUUUUUUACAGGAUGCCUUCAAAGAACAUUAAAAAAAUACUCUAAAUCAUGCUGAGACAAAAUAUUCCUGCAACAGUUUCCUUUCCAAAAUGUCUAUACCGCCCUUUGCUUAACCACUGCUGAAAGGUACAAUAAAACAUUCAUGAACAGUCUACACAAUCAAGCUGCAAAUUUAUGAGUGAAACUCUGAAUUUAGUGGACUAUAAGCAUAGAAUUCUCUUGUAUUUACCAUGUUCACCGUUCAGCUUUGUGUUAAAACUAAUUAGUAAGAGCGACAAGUGUAAAUAUACAUAUAUUUGGUCAUAUAGAAAAGACACAUUUUGACUUGCUGAUGAUAAAAGCAGAAACCAAUGGAAAUUGGUAGAAUAGUCGCUCAUGAAAAGAUUAGUUUUAGUUUCCUCAGCUGCACUUGAUGGUUUCAAAGCUGUAAUAUGUAUAAGUAAUACACUGUAAAGUAGUAAUAAAUACAAUUCCUAGACUGUUAGACCUCAUACUCUCACCUUAAUUUGUUCUUAUCAAUUCAAACAAUCACAAGAUGAAUAAAUGAAAAGAACUAAAAUAAACCCACUGACUGCAGUGAUGGUGCCAAAAUGUAAAAAAUAUUUUGUGGGAAAUAAGACUGCAUGCAAAAGAAACAUCAUAAAGUGUUCUUUUAUUCCGUUACGGUAUAGUGAGUGGUCGUUCUUGUUGGCUUCAAACGGGACAGUUCAUUAUCUUUCACUUCUCAUUUGUCUUGUGUGUGAUGACACAGCUCAGGAAAUUCAGUUUUGCAAAAAUUUCUUGUUUUUUGUAUGGUUAUUUAUUUCAUUUUUUUAUUGUCUAAAAGAUGUAAGCAGAAUGUGGACAUUUACCUCAUUUAGACAGACUUCCUGGAAACUCACAUUUGUAUUUCUUACCUUAAAAAAACAAGCAAAGAAGAUUUUUAUUUGAAUAUUGAACCUCAAUUUACUGUGUC